AAACGGAAACCAUAGAACAAGACAAUAUAAUUUUUUAAACGCUGACCUCGCACAGUAUUGUUGAAGGUUAAUGUCAAACUUCAUUAUAUGAACAACAUUAUGUUUGGCGCGGAGCUUCGUGACUGGCUAGAAAGAUCACACCAUUGGAUCACCUGAUGCUAUCCUACCCAACUGUAUUGCGUCACAAACGAGAAGAUCGAUAUCAAGGAGGUUUUAAAUUUAGUAUAACAUAUCCCGGCUAGGAAGAAGUGAACGAGUUUGUGUUAAAAUGUAAACCAGGUGGAGGGUGUAUAUACCACAAAAUUUCACUUUAUUUUAAUGUGAAGACUUCGAAUAAUACUUUUGAAAAAUAAUAGUACUACUCUCUCGUGGGGCAGCUUUACUACACUAACGUGAAGAUUAAUUGGUGCCACACCUGACAUGGCUCCAAAUAUAACAAGUUCUCCAACAGGAGUGCUGUUUGAGGAUGAUAUUGUUGAGACUGUAGCAGUACCAUCUAUUGAAUCUAAAAAUGAUGCAAAGCCACCUGAAAAGUACAGGAGACAAAUUGUGUGGAGAAAUGUCAUCCUUUUUGCAUAUUUGCAUCUGGCUGCAGUUUAUGGAGCUUACCUGAUGUUGACUUCAGCUAAAAUAAUUACAUCAAUAUGGGCAAUCCUUUUGUACCAAGCAGGUGGUCUAGGUAUCACGGCUGGGGCACAUCGACUAUGGGCACACCGUGCUUACAAAGCAAAAUGGCCAUUGAGACUCAUUCUCAUGCUAUUCAAUACUCUAGCAUUUCAGAAUCAUGUACAUGAAUGGGCUCGUGAUCACAGGGUGCACCACAAAUUCAGUGAAACUGAUGCUGAUCCUCAUGAUGCAAGGCGUGGUUUCUUCUUUUCUCAUGUUGGCUGGCUGCUUGUGCGCAAGCACCCUGAUGUUAAGGAAAAAGGAAAAGGAAUUGACAUGUCAGACCUCGAUACUGACCCACUGCUCAUGUUUCAGAAAAAGUACUAUCUGAUCAUGAUGCCGAUACUCUGCUUCCUGAUACCAACAAUGGUUCCUGUGUAUCUGUGGGGAGAAUCUUGGACAAAUGCCUGGUUUGUCGUGGCCAUGUUUCGGUACACGUUCACGCUCAACAUGACAUGGCUUGUAAAUAGUGCUGCACAUAUGUGGGGAAGUCAACCUUAUGACAAAUACAUCAAUCCAGCAGAAAAUUUGAGCGUGGCCGUAUUGGCACUUGGUGAAGGAUGGCAUAAUUAUCAUCACGUGUUUCCGUGGGAUUACAAAACUGCCGAACUAGGCAACUACCGUGCCAACCUGACGACCGCAUUCAUCGACUUCUUCUCGCGCAUCGGAUGGGCGUACGAUCUGAAGACCGUGCCGAUGUCUAUGGUGAAGAGGCGGGUUGAACGCACGGGAGACGGCAGUCACGAAGUCUGGGGCUGGGGCGACAAAGACAUGAGUCAAGACGAUAUGGAUCAAGCACAAGUCAUAAACAACAAAUCUAAAUAAAAUACAACUUAAGAUUUGAACUUGACGUAGUGCGGUUGAAUAACGCAGAAUUAUUGAUGAAUGAUGAACACUGUAUUAGUUGUAGUGAUGACUGAUGUUUAUAUUUGGGCAGAGCCCGAGAUGUGUUUGUUGAUAUAUCAGGCUGGUCCUUUCAUUUCACACUUUUAAGGGACAUUUUUUAAGGACUGCUUGCGUAGCCAAGCACUUAAGCCUGCCAGCUUUCACAUUCAACAUUCCUCCUGUAAUGUGAGGAACAGAAACAAAUGGUGUAGUGUUGUGUCUUAUGGGCAUUUGUGUUACCGUUAAUAAUUGUCAAUAUUGCAGAAAUAAAAUACACUUGCAGAUACAUUGCAUCUUAAUGCAAAGUUUUGUUCGCUGUGGGAUGUCACAGGAGGAUGUAAGUGAUCUUAAAGAUAUACACCUUAUUGUAUGUAUCAGUGCAUAACUUUUGGACGUUGAAUAAACUAAAACUAAAAGUACAUUCCAUAUAUGUCUCAUUUGUAUGGGGGGAGGGGGGACUACUGAGAUGUGAUGUAACGUAAUAUUAAGGUGUCCUGGUGUUUCCUCUUCGUGAAAUUGAAUUCCAAUGUUACGGCGUUAAAAUUCAUUCCAGAUCGUGACUUAAUUUUGAGCGCUGAUACAUAACAAUAGUUAUCAGUGUAAUGAAUGUUGUAUAUAAUAUGUUGCCUAUCUGAGUAUGUGUAUAUUGUGAUCAUUUCAUGCCAUUUUCAAAGAAUUCCUUCAUUUUACCUGUUUCAUAUUGUCAUUAUUAUAUAAAAUUUAAAAAUACAUCUGUGGAACUUCGUUCAUAAAUAUAUGUAUGGUCAAAAACUACAUUUAUGUCUACUUUGUGUUAAUUUAGACUGUAGUUAUGUGUUUAUGUAAACAUUUGUGCUUAUUUUCGUAACAUGUUUGACAAAUUUAAAGGCUUCAAAAUUGUUUUACGUAUUCAAGAAAUUCUUCAGAUUACAAGUUAAAUAUUUUUUAUUACUGAUAAGCCAGUUGGGUGAUCAGAUAUGAUUGCUUUUGGCAAUACAUGACUCAGAAUGUGUAACUGAUUGGUGUUAAUUUACAGGUGUUGAUACAUUUCAUUAUUUUGAAUUGGAGAAUAACAGUAAUAUGUUAGGUCCAUGGAAGUUUGGCUGAAGAAAUUUUCAGAAAAAUUCUGAACAUUAUGAAGUGUAUAUAUUUAUUAUUAUGAUGUACUGUGGGGCCAUACAAAAUCUGGUUGCAGCAGCGGUGGCUUUGGCCGAGAAGUGACAGCUUUGUGUUUUAAAUCUCUAUUAUCUAUAGAACAGUGAUGUUUACAUAAUUUAUUUUGUUAUCUAAUGACCUAGAAGUUGCUCAAGAAGUAAAGUAAUAUACAAAUAUUUAGUUGAUAUAUUGUUAAGAUAGUUUGAUGGCUACCUUUGUGGUAGAUGAAUGAAUAGUGCAGCUGGCAAGUUAAAUUAUGGAAGAAAAUUGCUGUAAUGAUGUUGGCUGGCAUAUAACAUAAAACAAGGCUCUUUUGGUGAAAAUUCUCAACUGCAUACAUCCAUGCACACUCAAACAUUUACACUGCUCUCUUUCUUUGUUACUGGAAUAUGUGGUGAUGGGACAUGUUUCCAUCUUGUGUAUUAGAGUUGUGUGAAUGCAUAUGCCUUAAUUUAUUGUCUCUUAUGUUGUAAUAUUCUUUCAUGUUGAAGUCCAUUAAAUAACUUAAAAUAAUCAAAAGUUUAUUACUUUUAAUUAAGUUAAUUACGUCAUGAAGUUGUUCAUUUACAUCUAGAUGUAUUCUGUUUUGGGUGUACAACAUUUUAUGUGCAACAGUGUGUGAGAAAUUACUGAAGCUGUGAUAUUUUUGUAGAAUGAUGUGUAACCUAAUAAAUGUUCAAUGGUCAUGGAU